UCUCAAAGGCUGAGGCGCCGGCCGCCCUGAGGCCCGGAGCGAGGCUGCCCCAGCGCCGCACCAUGGACUCGCGACCCGAGGAGUAUGAGCUCAAUGGCGACGUGCGCCCGGGCUCGCUUGGCUCCCCGGACGCCUCGGACUUGAUUCCUAGGCCACCCCGCUGGGGCAGGAACCAGCCCAUCAACAUGAACCAUUAUGCCAAUAAGAAGAGUGCGGCCGAGAGCAUGCUGGACAUCGCACUGCUGUUGGCCAACGCCUCCCAGCUGAAGGCUGUCAUCGAGCAGGGCCCUGGAUUCGCCUUCUUCAUCCCCCUGGUGGUCCUCAUCUCUGUCUCCCUCAUGCUGCAGAUCGGUGUGGGCGUGCUGCUCAUCUUCCUUGUCAGGUAUGACCUCAACAACCCUGCCAAGCAUGCCAAGCUGGACUUCCUCAACAAUCUGGCCACUGGCCUGGUCUUCAUCAUCGUCGUGGUCAACAUCUUCAUCACUGCCUUUGGCGUCCAGAAGCCCACGAUGGACACGGCACCCCGGCAGUAGGGGUUCGGAUGCCCCCGGAUCGUGCCUGGCCGCAGCUGCCUAAACCCAGGAGGCGCCUUGCCCUUGAGGCCCACCCUCCUGUGCGCGCAUUCCCCCGGACCGCCAUAGCCCAGGCUGGCCCCGCUGGACUGCAUCCAAGCAAGCCACACACGGUCAGGCCGCUCGGGCCAGCACAGGGCCUGCCCCAUCCUCAGCCGCUCCUCCUCCUGGGGCAUGGCGCGGUGAGGCCAAGAAGACAGGACUGUAGAGUCUUCAGCAAGGGCCGUCGCUGCCGUGGACACACAGCAGGCCCAAGGAUGGGGGGCAAGAGGCUGGCGCCGCCUCAGGACAUUUCCAGAGGGAUGAGGAGGCGCCUGCCCUCUGCCAGUGCAGCAGUGUCCUGGCCUUGUGUGCUGCCCACCCUGAGUGACCCAUGACCUCUGCACUUCCUGACCCAGGACCGUAGACCACCAGCGACCCUGUGGGACCCCCACCGUGGCCACUGACUCAGGCCUCACACCCUCUACCAGCAGUGACUCGGCAGGGCCCUACCCCUCCUUGGCGGUCUGAGCCCCCACUUUUCUAAGUACAAGUAACCAGUAAAGCUGAUGCUCCUCCUCGUGUGGCUCCCAGUGCCAUCCUCCCCUCCCCCAGGCCUGGGUGCUGUGCACCGUGCCCCUCAGAGCACCAGCCUGUGCAGCCCUCCUCUCUCUCUCCCCACAAGCCUGUGAACUUUGUGGGGAGCAGCCUCUGUUGGCAUCUCCAGACAUCACCCCCAUGUGUCCUCGGGGACUGGUGACCCCUGACCAGACCCUCAUGGAAAGUUCCAGCACUCCCACAUUUCCUGCAGUUUGCAUGCCCACACAGGUCCCUUCUGCACCCACAGUACUGGCUCACCUUGUGGUGGUGCGGGGCACUGCUGGUCAAUCAGGCCGAGGGGACUGAGGAGAGUGGGGCUGGUGCUGAGCAAGCCCCGACCCUGCGGAGGCACCAACAAGGGCCAGGUGCUGUCUCGGGGGGACCUUGGGGCCACAUCGCACCUGGCUGGGCCUCCAGCUCCCUCCGUCCACCCUGUGGCCUCUAGGGCCUGAGCCCUCACUCUCUGCCCCCUUGUCGCCUCCUCUCUGACUCCUGCUGGCCCCACCCCUCAUCUCCUGGAGGCAGCAAUGCUCUUACUUGGUCCUCCCUAGGUGAGAUACCUGAGAAUCCCCUCCAAGCAACUGGAGCCCCGGGUGGGGAUGCAGCCCCCAGGAGCUCCCAAGGCCCCUCCCCCAUCACUUCUCUUGCCCUCUCCACUCUGAGCCUGGGGCAGCUCCAACACCUUGUUCCCUUAAGACAUUCAGGUGACCCCACAGACUCUUCCGUGGGGCUGAAAAUUCAACUCUGCACAAAGUGAUUGACAAACAGGGGUGCUUCUGGGUGAGGUGAUCUAAUCCUGGGCUUUACUUUAAAUAAAUAA